UUUUAAGAGCCACCCACAAAGUCAGAAAGGAGCAAAAGCUGAUUUUCGCGUUUAAUCGUUACUAUCUGUGGAUUUCAGUAGAAACCUAUUUGCGAAGUGGAUUCGCAAACGCAUUAGUAGUUCGCCAAGUUUGUUGAAGUUCAACACCUACGUAGACUUCGAAGGGUCCUGUACAUUCGCAGGAUGGAUGUGAGGCUUCCUCCUUAUAAUGGGCGCCUGCUGUCAGUGAUCGACAUGCACACUGGCGGAGAACCACUGCGCAUCGUGUGGAGCGGAUACCCUGAGAUUAAGGGCGAGAAUCUCCUGGCCAAAAGGCGCUAUGCAAAGGAAAAGCUGGACCACUUAAGGAAGGUGCUUAUGUUCGAACCCAGGGGACAUUUUGACAUGUACGGCGCGCUGAUAGUUGAAAGUGAGCUGAGCGAAGCUGAUCUGGGCGUCCUCUUCAUGCACAAUGAGGGGUACAGCACCAUGUGUGGCCACGCCGUCAUUGCGCUCGGCCGAUUCGCCGUGGAUUAUGGUUUGGUGAAAGUGCCGGUAUCACCAGAGACUCAGGUGAACAUUCACUGCCCGUGUGGCCUGAUCAAGGCGUUUGUCCAGUUUUCUGAUGGGAAGACGGGAGCUGUGAGGUUUCACAGCACCCCAGCGUUUGCCUUCGCAACGGACAUUACUGUUUCUGUCCCUGGGUAUGGAGAUGUAAUCCUGGAUAUUAGUUAUGGUGGUGCAUUCUACGCAUUGGUAAAUGCUCAGACGUUUGGCCUGGAUGUCUGUGAGUCCCGGACAAGGGAUCUUGUGGAGGUAGCCUGUGCUGUAACAAGCGCUGUAAAAUCUCAGGUGAAGCUUCACCAUCCCAGCAGUGAGGACCUGGCUUUCCUCUACGGAACCAUACUGACCGACGGCAAAGAUCAGUUUUCCAAUGAGCCCACAGCCAAUAUCUGUGUGUUUGCUGAAGCUCAGGUGGACCGGAGUCCCACGGGAUCAGGUGUGACGGCUCGCAUCGCCCUCCAGCACCGCAAAGGGAUGAUUGGAAUCCAGCAGACUCGCUCCUUCCAAAGUGGAGCGACUGGCUCCCUCUUCACUGGGAAAGCUGUACAGGAAACAAAGUGCGGGGAGUUCCCAGCUGUCGUGGUGGAGGUUGCUGGGCAGGCGCAUUACACAGGGAUUGCGAGUUUUGUGCAGGAAUCUGGUGACGGUCUUGCAAAUGGUUUCCUCCUGAAAUGAGGAAGAAGUUCCAAGUGAAGGUCAGGUUUUAGAUAUUAAUGGCUGAGAAAGAAGCUUUUUGUACCAGAUUUCAUAUAACCAGGGGACUGUACUGACCUGUUCUGAUGUCUGAACAGUAUAUGGAACUGCUGUAUGUCUGAGAUCCAGUAGCAACCUGAGAGAAAUUCCCUGUAUAUGCAAACAUACCUGUAAAAUUUACCUGACUUUGAGCCUGAUGUCCAUGGAACGCCAUAUUGCUAAAAAUUUAAUAAGCUAUAAGUAAAUUAAUAAAUUAAUAUUCCAGUAA